AUGGGGGUGGCGUCGGUCUCUCUCAGCAAACUUUGGCCCGCGUUGACCGCGGUUGGGGCACUGUCCCUCAUAAUGUUCUCAGCGUUCAAAACGCAUCUGAUCCUGACAGAUAUCGACUACAAUCCAGACCAUGUUACGCGGAGCCGAGGCACCUAUUCCAUUCAGAUGGACCCGAGCGGGGGUUCAAGGAUGCACACGCGUGGAAGAUACACGUAUGGGACGUUUUCCGCGUUCCUCAAGUGUCCUGCUGGCAAUUUCACGGGUUUGGUUUCGACAUUUUACAUCAGCUCCCUUGAGGGAAGUCUCGAUCAGGACGAGAUUGACUUUGAGUUCCUCGGGAAGAGUCCAGCAAUGAUCCAAACGAACUACUGGGUGAACGGGCAGGGCGGCGACCGCGAGCAGAUGGUCGGCCUUGGCUUUGAUUGCCGUUCUGCUUUCCACAAGUAUACAAUCCAGUGGACGAUCUCCUACAUCAAGUGGUUUAUCGACGACGAACUGGUCAGGAAGGCAAUCAACGACGGCUACUCGCCCUGGCCGACAAAGCCAAGUUUCGUGUAA